AUGUCAGCGGCCGCUCGCGUGGACGAGGUUGAGAAGCGGCUCGCGGAGCAGAGCUUGGCUGUGCAACGGGCGGAAGCGAGUGCGGCCGCCGAGGCCACCCGAGUGGUUGGACGAAUCGACGUCCUCGAGCAAUCUACGACUGCAAAGCUCCGCGACGCGACAGAACUCGGGCAGGCACUGCGUGCUCAGGUGGCGGAGGUGCAAGCGCACGUGGCAAAGCUCGACGCUGCAAACCGGCUCGUCAGCGCGCUGCAGGCGCAGGUGACGACGCUUCAGGCCCGCGUCGCGGAGCUUGAGCGGCGGCCAAAGCUGUCUGGCAGCGGCAGCUCGCGGCCGGCCACUUGCGACGAGAUGGAGGCGAGGAUUGAGGCGCUCGGCGAGUUCCGGCGCAAGGGCCACGGCAGCAGCCUCGCUCGCGCCGCCGGCUACUCGUGCGUGGAGGCCAAGGCGGUGGGAUACUCGCUGCAGGAGGCCAAGGCGGCGGGGUGGGCCUUUGAGGAGCUGCGCAUGGCGGGCUACAUCGGCGCCAAGGGGAUGACGUCUCACGACUUUCUGGACCGGCACCAGGCGGGCUGCUCCAACUUUGCGGGGCUCGACUUUUCGGGCGAGGACUUCUCGAACAUGGUGCUGCUGAAAUGCAACCUGAGCGGCUGCGUGCUCGAGGGCGCGACGUUCGACGGAGCCCAGCUGACGAGCGUCGACCUCUCCAACGCGAGGCUCACCGGGCUCGCCUGCAGCAGCUGGCGUGGCGCUCGCUUCAGCGGCGAAUGCAACUUCACGGGCACCAACAUUCGGAAGCUCCUCUCGGCGGCGGAACUUAAGGCUGGCGGGCUCGUGAGCGGGCUGAAGACCACCGGCUACUCCUGCAGCGAGGCGAAGGCGGCGGGAUACACGCCCAGCGAGUGCCACAUCGGAGGCUUCUCGUUCGAGGAAGGCCGCGGCGCAGGCUUCAAGCACAACGCCAGUUAUUGGGAUAGAGUAAAAUCAUGGGGUUGA